UCCUUUGCGGGCCGUGAAGUCUGCGCGGCGCGGCCUCCUCCAUCCCCGCGCCGCCGACUCCGCUGUCACCGCGCCCGGGGCCCGGUCAGCGGGAGGGGCCGCCCCCCACCCAGCGCGCGGCUGGGGCGCAGGGGAGCUUCGGAAGUGGGUGGUAAAGUUUUAGAGCAAAGUACAUAGGGACUCUUCCUCUUUGGGAUUAACUCCUUCAAGGCCUGCAUUAUAAGUAAAAUAUUAAUACUUCUAUAUUCCUGUCCGCACAGACCAAAUAUUCUAAUCAAGCCAAUUUAAAAAUGCAAAUCAUCUCAUUUCCAUAGAUUCCAGCAUUCUGAAGUGACACAUUUCUGGGGGAAAUUAAGCCUGAUAACAGGAAAUGUGAAUCAUACUAUCAGUGACUAAUCUGCUUAAGGAAAAAAAAUGUUACAUUUAUUUUAUCAUUAGGAAGUCCGUGUUAAAGAAGCCAUUUUUUAAAAAUCAAGUGAAAUUUUUAUUUUAGAAGCAGCCCUGUAUUGCUUUUUUUGUUGUUUAUUUUUUUUGUUAUGUCAUAAAAUUUUCAAGAGGGAUGUGUGUGUGCCACUCAAGGUAGUGUAUUCGGGAAAGUGUUCAAGCCAGGAUGUCAUUGUCAAAGCCCUCAAACACGAUCACUUUAAGAUUUUCGAUUUGGAUUUGAUGUGUUGCUGCUGCUGUUGUUUAAAAGAAUAUUUCUUGAACGUUGACUCAUCACUAAGUAAACCCAAUGAAGACAGACGCAGAUUCUCCAAAUUGGUACCCCUUGCAUACAUUGAAACAGUGUCUACUUCUGUCGUAUGUGAUUCUUUGUUGCUGCCUGACACAUUUCAGUGAAAAUUGUGUAAAAAUGAAACCAAAAUACAGACUGCCUACCCAGAGACCCGACUGGCUGACUCUGGGAUGUGAUGGAGCUGAACUGAGAAGCAGCGGCUGACACUUGAUAAUCACAGUUGAUUUAUUGUUCAUUAGGACUGCAUUAGCCCUUUCAGGCCGGCCACUUAUUUGUGUAGUGGCCUGUCAAGAGCCAGACUGCAAGCACCUGUCAUUUCUAAGCCAUGAGAUAGGCAACAAAUAUUCAUCUGAUGCAGAUGAAAAUACGUUAAGGGCCACAUGAUUACACGUUUCUCUUUACCAAUCUAUAAGGAGAAAACUAUUGUAAAGACUUGUUUUAUACUCAGGGCUACUUACAGAGUGAAAGCAGUUGGCUUUAUAUUCUCUUAUUUGCCCUAAGAACUUGCUUUUCUACCUAUAUGUGCUGCUCAUCUGAUGAAAAGUUGGUCAGUAAAGGAAAUGAGAAACAUAGCAUGUCAAUUAUUUACUCGGAGUAAUUCAAGAAAGGUGCCCGUGUCAGUGGCUAUGAUGACACCUCAAGUGAUCACCCCCCAGCAGAUGCAGCAGAUCCUGCAGCAGCAAGUGCUGAGCCCCCAGCAGCUCCAGGUGCUCCUGCAGCAGCAGCAGGCCCUCAUGCUCCAGCAGCAGCAGCUUCAGGAGUUUUAUAAAAAACAACAGGAGCAGUUGCAGCUUCAACUUUUACAACAACAACAUGCUGGAAAACAGCCUAAAGAGCAGCAGCAGGUGGCUCCCCAGCAGCUGGCUUUCCAGCAGCAGCUCUUGCAGAUGCAGCAGCUCCAGCAGCAGCACCUCCUGUCCCUGCAGCGCCAAGGCCUCCUGUCACUGCCACCCGGCCAGCCCGCGCUGCCCCUGCAGCCCCUCUCGCAAGGCAUGAUUCCAGCAGAACUGCAGCAGCUCUGGAAAGAGGUGACGAGUGCGCACCCUGCCGAGGAGACCACGGGCAGCAGCCACAGCAGCGUGGAUCUGACCACGGCCACCUGCGUCUCCUCCGCCCCUGCCAAGACCUCCCUCAUCAUGAACCCACAUGCCUCUACCAAUGGACAGCUCUCAGUCCACACCCCCAAGAGGGAAAGCUUGCCCCACGAGGAGCACCCCCAUAGCCAUCCGCUCUAUGGACACGGUGUGUGCAAGUGGCCAGGCUGUGAAGCAGUGUGCGAAGAUUUCCCAUCGUUUCUAAAACAUCUCAACAGUGAGCAUGCGCUGGACGAUAGAAGUACAGCUCAAUGUAGAGUACAAAUGCAGGUUGUUCAGCAGUUAGAGCUACAGCUCGCAAAAGACAAAGAGCGCCUGCAAGCCAUGAUGACCCACCUGCACGUGAAGUCCACGGAGCCCAAAGCCGCCCCACAGCCCCUGAACCUGGUGUCCAGCGUCACGCUCUCCAAGUCCGCGCCAGAGGCCUCUCCGCAGAGCUUACCUCAUACUCCAACCACCCCAACCGCCCCCCUCACGCCCGCCACCCAAGGCCCCUCCGUCAUCACCACCGCCAGCAUGCACACGGUGGGGCCCAUCCGCAGGCGGUACUCGGACAAAUACACCGUGCCCAUUUCUUCAGCAGAUAUUGCGCAGAACCAAGAAUUUUAUAAGAAUGCAGAAGUUAGACCACCAUUCACAUAUGCAUCUUUAAUUAGGCAGGCCAUCCUCGAGUCCCCGGAAAAGCAGCUGACACUAAACGAGAUCUAUAACUGGUUCACACGAAUGUUCGCCUACUUCCGCCGCAACGCGGCCACGUGGAAGGGUGCCAUUCGCACCAACCUCUCACUGCAUAAGUGCUUUAUCAGAGUAGAGGAUGAGUGUGGGUCCUUUUGGACAGUUGAUGAUGAAGAGUUUAAACGUGGCCGCCAUAUUCAACGAGGCCGUCCUCGCAAAUACUGCCCCGAUGAAAACUUUGACGAGCUUGUCGCACAUAACCCUUCCCUCAUUAAAAACAUGCAGAGCAGCCACGCCUACUGCACGCCUCUCAACGCGGCUUUGCAGGCUUCCAUGGCUGAGAAUAGUAUACCUCUGUACACUACCGCUUCCAUGGGGAACCCCACUCUGGGCGGCCUGGCCAGCGCCAUGCGGGAAGAGCUGAACGGGGCGGUGGAGCACGCCAACAGCACCGAGAGCGACAGCAGCCCCGGCAGGUCCCCCGUGCAGGCCGUGCAUCCUGUGCACGUCAAGGAGGAGCCCCUGGACCCGGAGGAAGCCGAAGGGCCUCUGUCCUUAGUGACCACAGCCAACCACAGUCCAGAUUUUGACCAGGACAGAGAUUACGAAGACGAAGCAGUAAAUGAGGACAUGGAAUGAACGUCUGGGUAGGCUGACCCCAAAAAUGAAGAUUGGAAAAAAACAAAACAUGUCAAAAAUGAGCAGUGACAUUGUUCUCCAUUUGCUGUACAGUCUGGAGGAGUCACACUGCAUUUUGACAAAACUCUGAAAGGUGUAACUCAGUGCCAUCCAGAACCCCAUUUGGGAGUAUUUUUGAUUUUUCUACUUUUUGUUGAAAAAAGGAAUUUGUACUCUGUGCAUUGGAUGGACUUGUUUGGUACUUGGGAUUUUCCUCUCUUAACAGUCAACAUCUGUUGUAAAUUUGCUAAACUGAUUCGCUUUUAGCAGCAGACUUUGAACUGCAGUCCUGCCGACGUUGGACCCUGAGGACACCCAACUGAGCAUGUGCACCUAGGCUGCAGCCACGCCUCUCCCAGCAGCGGCGGUCCAGCCCGUGGGCGGCCUGCUCGCACAGCACUGCAUGUUGAUUAUCACUGCCUUUACUCCAGCGCGGGGUUUUGUUUGUUUGGGUUUUUUUGCUUCCAGUUGGGAUGGGGAAGGCCUUUGUGUGGUUAUUGGGGGGAGGGGGUUAAAAGUAAUUAUCCCAGACUUUUUAAUGUAUUGCUUUUUCUUCUUAUUGCUUCUCCUCUACCAUUUUAAGUUCUGACCUCAGGCCUCCGCCGGGCCCGCGGCCUCCUGGAGGCUUCACGUUCUCUGUACCUUGUGAUGAAUGUUACAGGUGUUUUUAUUAUACAACGCUGAAUGUCAUUUCUUGUUGGUAGUUUUCUGUCACUCAUUCCAUUUUUCUUCAGACAUCACCAUGUUUUCUCUGAAGUCAGAAAACAUUCCGUUUUGGUCUUUUUCAAAAAGGUCCCAAAUGCUGCACUCUACACAUGCAGGUCCUUGCGCAGAGGGGGCCUGCAGAGAGAGAAUGGAUGACAGAAAGCGUGGGCUCGGGAGCAGCGCAGGGUCCGCCACAAGCAUGCAGGAGCGGGAAGGGCUGGCUCAGACCCGCCGCGUUGAUUUUGCAGCUGCCUUCAUCCUCGGGGAACGCCACAGCGUCCCAGCGGCACCAGGAAACGGAGCACCCCACACAUCUCAUCGUCUGGAGACUGACGCCUGGCUGUUGGAGGCUCACCUGUGUGGAGCCCGGGGACCAGCCGUGCUAAACCCGUGCGGGUCGCUUUGUUUGCCAAGUGGCCAGAAAGCUUCCCGAGCAGCUCUGCUGAAGGUGGUGGUGGUGGUGGAUCUAAACAUCAGUUCAGACCUGCUUGGUGGCAUCAAUCUGUGUGGAUGCAAAUUAGAUUUCAGAUGGAACUUGUGGGAGUUAAUGGAGACCGAGUUCAGCAGAUGCUGAAGUGUUCAUUUCACAUGUGCAGAUUUGCUGCUGCAGCUCAGUGUGUGUGCCAUGUGACACACCAACCCAGUGUCAAAACUAACGUAGGAGACCCGGAGCGAGGGGCGCGUCCAGGGGGCCUCUGGGGAAGGGGCGCGGUGUGAGGGUCGCGCCAGUGCCGCCGGCCUGGAGCGCUGCGCGCCUGCAGCCUGCGCCCUCCGCCUCGGUUGCUCCUGGAGGACCGUCGCUCUUGUUUUUAGUUUGAGAGCCCUUUGGAGCUUAAUUUAUAUUCUUUGUACCUUUUUUCUAAAAUUACCAAAGAUAUUACACAAAGGUAAAUUAUGUUCUCUGUUUUAUGCUUUAUCUGAUGAAGCCAAAUAUCCUCUUAUUGUUGAUCAAAGGAGGCGAAGGAAUUUAGAGGCGAUUGAUGAGAUGUAGGCUGUUGCUAAGCUGAGGAAGAGCUGCUCCUUCAUAAAUUUAGAAGGCCAAGCAGAUGAUGGAACCAAAGUUGUUACUUUUUUUAGUUGUUGGUUUUUUUCUCUGCUGUAUCUCUACAAAGACCAAAAUUCAUUCUUGUAAAGAGAGAUUAUGGGGCUACUGAGAUAAAAAUAGGACACAGUAUUAGAGCAGUAAACAAAGGAAGGGACUCCCGUCUCAAAAACACACGCCAGUGCCCUGAGAACCAGGGUGUCCGGCAGAUGAGACAGUUACCACAACUCAGAGGCUAGACGGGCUCCGCGGUGGAGCUGCACCGUCCGAUGUUAGCCCGAGAGCACACUUUCUGCAGGAGAUUGGAUGCCACGCUGGUUUAAGGACUGUGCUGUGGUCACUGUGGUAAUCUUGGUUUCUCUUGGCAUAUAUCCUCUUUCCUUAUUUUGUUUAAACCUUUUUUUUUUCUUUUUUUUCUGAUUAGGCUUUCGCCAGCAUUUUUCAUUUUUU